GGCUACACGAAAAUACACAGCGCCUUCAUCCUUCUCGGUUUCGUGGCGAAAAACGGAAUAUAUCGUUAUUUCCAGUCGAAAAUCGCACUCAGACGCACCGAAAAUUCCUAAAAAUAAAGUGAAAAGUGAUCAGUUAAUAAUUAACGAAAUUGAUUUCGAAAACAUACGAAAAAAGCAGGCCAAAAACGAACAUUUUUUCGGUGGGCCGCGAAAGGCGUUGCCAAAUCAAAGGCCACAGGAUAAAACAACAGAUCCGCAACUAAAUUUCAAACUAAAUCCUAAACGCACGCACUAGAGCAAGAGGAAAAUCCUUAGCUACAAAAGAUUAAAUCAACUAAGCUAUACAAAAGUUAAUCAUACGCACCGUUAAUAAGCACCAAGUGAAAAACUGACAAGAGGAAAACGCAACGCAAAAAUAAAGGACAAACAAAGGAGUAAAACUCUCCAGAGAAACAGCAGAAAACAGCAGUAACAGCAAAGAACAUUCUGCUGCAUAAAUAAUACACUCGACAUACGUAUACGCCAUAUAGGCCAGGACAUACCAGCAAGAUAUACCACACACACACACGCACGCACUCACACAUACGGACGGGCAGGACGUGCUCCUGUUCUAUUAUUUAACUGCUUUCAACGUCAGCACCGCGUUCAACCCGACGAAAGUCGAUUGAAAGCCGCCUUCAACGGCCACAGCAUCCCUCUCUCUCAGCAAACACAAAAAACAAAAAGGAAAACGAGAGCGCGAGUCCUGUGCCUGCGCCAGUGUGUGUGUGUGCGUGUGUUCGCGACAGCAGGAGCGACGUCAACGUCAAUCCGCUCAAUAUUUAUACAUUGAACCGAGUCUCCAGGCCCACGAGUCUUGCGGCCCUCACAACGCAGAUGCUCCUGGACCUCCGCUGGGGCCCAAAAUAAAUAACAUCUGACAGCUGCCCAGAGUCCUGAAUUCGGAGUCCUGAAAGAGCACUCAGCGGUUAGGGGCUAAAAAAGAAGCAGAGCCAAAGCGCGUGGCGAUACAAUUUCGCUCUGAAAACACCAACCAAUUUGAACGCGAUCCUACAACGAAAACAAAACAAUGGGCGCCAAGGAAAGUGUCGAGGCAGCCGCCAAAAUGAACGCCGAUGGUUGGGGCCAUGUGGAGCGAUCAAGUCGCUACCACAACCAUCGGCACAACCAGCGGUCACAGUCGCUGAAUCGCGGACAGGCGCUCUCGCAGGCGGACGUGAGCGGCAUGUGGUGACAUCGGGGUGCCUCUGG